CCGCCGUGGCUGUCAUUCGGCGUAUUCGCCGUUAGUUCGUUGCGUUCGCUGCACUCGAGGUAGAUUGUGAUCAGCGGCGGAUGUGGGAAAUGGAGCGAAAUGGGAGUAUGUUAGAACGCGCGUCCUGUCCCUUCGGCCGAUGUGAGCGAACGUGAGGGAGCAGCUUAUCGAUGCGACACGCAGGAGCCUCGUAAUCGUACGUCGUCACGUCACGAGUUUGUCGCGAGCGUACGAACGUCUUCGCGGGUUGCUGCCUGUUGGUUACACGCUGCACCUAAUUGAUCAGCGAGAUCGAUAUACGACCCUCCUCGGCACAGCCACCGCUCGCACUCGCUACGGCGACUGUCCCGGUCGCCAGGAUCCGUAAUGUCGGGUGACCACAAGUCGGUAAUCAAAUAUCCCUCGGAAUACGUAAAACUGAACAUCGGUGGCUCGCUUCACUACACCACCAUAGGCACCUUGCAGAAACAUGACACGAUGCUGCGUGCUAUGUUCAGCGGGCGCAUGGAAGUGCUAACCGAUUCCGAAGGCUGGAUAUUGAUCGACCGCUGCGGCAAGCACUUCGGGACGAUUUUGAAUUUUUUACGAGACGGUUCAGUACCUCUUCCAGAGAGCACGAAAGAAAUGGCAGAGCUGCUCGCCGAGGCCAAGUACUAUUGCAUCAGCGAGCUGGCUGAGUCCUGUGAACAGGCGCUCCUACGAAAGGAGCGCGAAGCGGAGCCCAUCUGCAGGGUUCCUCUCAUCACCUCCCAGAAGGAGGAGCAGUUGCUCAUAAGCAAUACUACCAAGCCUGUGGUUAAGCUGCUCAUUAACAGGCAUAACAAUAAAUAUUCUUACACGAGCACGUCCGACGACAAUCUCUUAAAGAACAUAGAGUUAUUCGACAAGAUGUCGCUUAGAUUCAGCGGUAGAGUGUUAUUCAUCAAGGACGUCAUUGGCUCCAGCGAGAUUUGCUGUUGGACCUUCUACGGACACGGUCGUAAAGUGGCCGAAGUUUGCUGUCACUCGAUCGUUUACACAACCGAUAAGAAGCACACAAAGGUCGAAUUCCCCGAAGCUCGGAUAUACGAGGAAACGUUAAACAUUCUGCUGUACGAGCACCGGAACGGCCCGGAUCAAGAGCUUAUGCAAGCGACGUCGUCGCGCGGUGCGGUCGGCAGCGCGCUGCCGUGCACAUCCGACGAAGAAGAGGGGGAGCGUUCAGGCUUGGCCCGCCUCCGCUCCAACAAACAGAACACCAACUGACCCAAUCUUGUCUUCCUCAAUCCGUCACAUCCCGUGCUCCUUAGCGUCGUUCGCUCUUUUAAGAUCCGCGUCAAUAUAAAGUAAGACACAACUCCAAACUCUCACGAGGCCCAAACGACGCUAUGUGACACUAGGUGUUCGCGUGUUUCGACUGAAUCUUCUCCUUUAGUCACGCAGGUAAACACGAGAAAAGCGUCAGCUUUGAUCGAAAACGAUACGCUAUCUCUUACAUCACAAAGAUACCCACACAUACACACAAGCAGAAACACAUGUUUUCAUACACGAUUAUCCUGCUCCAAUUGUUUUAGAAAGUACCGCGCGAAUCCCCUCUCUAAAUAACAGAAGCAAGACGUAACGACAAAUUCGUGUGUCUCUUUGAAUUUCCUCUUUGCUAUUCUUCCUAUACGAGUGUGUUUAUAAACGUGCAG